AACGUGCACGCAGCCACUGCGCGCAGCUUCCAGGGACCCGCGUCUGUGAGGAUGGAACAGAAGGUGGUCGCGGUGAUUGUUUUAUUCCUCACUUUGUCUUUAGGUUUCUGCUCGUCACACACUUAUGUCUUGGACGAUAAAGCCGGGCUGGGGAGAGUUUUUGACGGAAUUGGAGGUUUGAGCGGUGGAGGGGCGACGUCCAGGUUACUGGUCAGUUACGACGAGCCAUACCGCAGCCAGAUAUUAGACUACCUUUUCAAGCCUAACUUUGGAGCCUCUUUGCACAUACUGAAGGUAGAGAUUGGAGGUGAUGCACAAACCACUGAUGGAACAGAGCCAUCUCACAUGCACUAUGAGAAUGAUGAGAACUACUUCCGAGGCUAUGAGUGGUGGCUUAUGAAAGAAGCCAAGAAGAGGAACCCAAACAUCACACUCAUUGGUUUGCCCUGGGCAUUUCCUGGUUGGGUAGGCCAUGGUAAGAACUGGCCCUAUGACUUCCCAGACAUCACUGCAGCAUACGUGGUGAACUGGAUCCUUGGUGCCAAGCAGUUCCAUGACCUGGACAUUCAGUAUGUUGGGAUAUGGAAUGAGCGAAACUACGACAGCAAGUAUAUCAAGCUGCUGCGGUACACUCUGGAUAAAAACGGUCUGGAGAGGGUCAGGAUCAUAGCCAGUGACAACCUGUGGGAGCCCAUUUCCCUGUCUAUGCUGCUAGACCCAGAGCUCAGCAGAGCUGUAGACGUGAUAGGCGCCCACUACCCAGGCACUAACACAGUGAUGGAGGCCCUGAAGACACAGAAGAAGCUGUGGUCAUCAGAGGACUACAGCACCUUCAAUGACGAGGUGGGCGGAGGCUGCUGGGCUCGCAUCCUCAACCAGAACUAUGUCAACGGAAACAUGACUGCCACCAUCUCCUGGAACCUGGUGGCCAGCUACUAUGAGGAGCUGCCAUUUGGCAGAGAUGGCUUGAUGACAGCUGAGGAGCCCUGGAGUGGCAACUAUGUGGUAGAAUCUCCUAUCUGGAUCACAGCCCACACCACACAGUUCACCCAGCCAGGAUGGACCUACCUGCAGACUGUUGGACAUCUGGCACAAGGAGGAAGUUAUGUCGCUCUUACUGAUGGGAAAGGAAACCUUACUGUUGUCAUAGAAACCAUGACUCAUGAUCAUUCAGUCUGCAUAAGACCUCCACUGCCUCCUUUCAAUGUGACUUUCCAGAAUGCAACUUUCCAGCUGAAGGGAUCCUUUGCUUCCAUCAAGGAGCUCCAAGUAUGGCGGUCACAGUUUAACUUCAAGACGAAAAAGCCCUCCUUCUUUGAGAAACUGACUCCACUGAAGUUAUUAGAUGGAACGUUCACCUUGAAUCUGGCUGAAGAUGAGCUUUACACAUUAACCACAAUUACAAAGGGACAAAAAGGCAGUUACCCAGACCCACCUCCUUCAGCUCGCUUCCCUAAAGUCUACAAGGAUGACUUUAAUGUUGGAAACCCUCCCUUCUCUGAAGCUCCAAACUUUGCAGACCAGACAGGGGUGUUUGAGUACUACAUCAACCUGACUGACCCUGGACCUCAUGUCUUCACCCUGCGACAGGUUGUAACGGAGAGACCCAUCACAUGGGUGUCAGAUGCUGACCAGACCAUCAGUGUCAUAGGAGACUAUCAAUGGCAGAACCUGAUGGUUACAUGCGAUGUGUUCAUGGAGAGUGUUAAGACGGGUGGUGUCUUCAUAGCAGCCAGGGUAGAUAAAGGAGGCCAGUCAGUCCGCAGCGCUAAAGGAGUCUUCUUCUGGGUGUUUGCAGAUGGCACCUACAAAGUUACCAAUGAUCUCGCUGGUCAGACUGUACUCGCAGAGGGUCAGUCUGGUACCCAAGCAUAUGGUUGGCACACCUUAUCACUCACUGUGAAAGGCCAGUAUGCGUCGGGGCAGCUGAAUGGAUACCCACUGUGGAAGAAUGCUGUGGUACUAACUCCAAAGAAUGGCUGGGCUGCCAUAGGAACACAUUCAUAUGAACUAGCUCAGUUUGAUAACUUUGCUGUGGUGGCAGAAUAACUGUGAAAGAAUGAUUUACACUACUUUCUGUUAAUAUUCUUAUUAAAUUAUUGACUUGAUUAAUGCAUUGAUUUGAUACUUGAUACAGUGUUGAAUGUAGAUUAGAUUUUUUUUUCUUUAUAAAGAUUUAAAAGAAUUGGACGGGCACAGAAUGACUGAAAUAAUUGUCAGUGAUUUUGCACUAUGAUUUUUUUUUUAUGGAAUAAAGGGAUUUUAUAAUAAACUGCUUUUAAAAUUGG